AUGGAUCCGCAAGUUUCAGGGUUUUCACCCACUAAAAACCACUUAAGUCACUGGUGGAAGCAGAUUCGCAACAAUCCCAAAAGCAUGUCUUCCGAUUCUCUGUCAGUGAGCGGUGAUUCGGGAAAAUUGAGACCCGUGUUGAUGCCACAUUCACGGUCGUACAACAAUGGAAGAAACCAGUCAUCACCCCCGCCGAGUGACCCGAGCUCCAGCGAGUACCGAUCCUUUCGAGAUUCCUUUCUUUCUAGUAGAAAUCAGUUUAUGGGGCAGGUAUUUGGUGUACCACUCUCUCAGUCACUCAGCGUGGCCAGUGCCGAGGUUAUUGUACAAAGUGAACUGGUCAGUUUUGGCCGAAUUCCGAUCCUGGUCGCAAAGUGCGGAGCAUAUCUUAAAGCUAACGCGUUGCAAACAUCAGGCAUAUUUCGCAUUGCGGGCAACAAUAAGCGUGUGAAGGAACUACAAUAUAUUUUCUCGACACCGCCUAAUUACGGUACAAAACUUAGCGACUGGGAUGGGUUUACGGUUCAUGACGCAGCCUCUGUUCUGCGAAGAUAUCUUAAUAAUCUCGAAGAGCCAUUGGUGCCGCUUGGAAUUUACGAGAAUUUUCGGAAACCACUUCAGAAAAGACCACGGAUUUUGAAGCAUUUAUCCAAGGGAUUGGCGAAGGAAAGCGAAGACGACGAAACUGAUCUUCAGGCUGAUUCCGGAGAAAAGGAAAAGCGGAAGCUUAAGGCCGUACGACACAAGAAAAAGCUCACUCGAGAUAUAAAGGCCUCGCUCAAGGAAUAUGAAGCUCUUUUCUGGGAGUUAUCUUUGGAUUCCAGACAGCUUUUGAUAUAUUUACUCGACUUAUUGAGUCUUUUUGCUCAGCAAUCGGAUGUAAACUUAAUGACCGCUCGCAAUUUGGCUGCUGUGUUUCAACCAUCCAUUAUGUCGCAUCCACAACACGAUAUGGAUCCUAAGGAGUACGAACUUUCCAGGUGUGUUGUGGAGUUUCUGAUAGAGUAUUCUUACAAGUUACUUCCACAUCUGCUGACAGCCCCUCCAAUAGUUUCUAAACCAGACGCCGAGCAAAGCCCCAAAGAUGUAAUACAUCAUCCUUCGACAGGGCAAGCCAUCACUAUUCCUCAAACGAUAGUUUCACCGGAUCCAGCUAAUGCCACCGAGAAACCCCCUCCUUUGCUGUCACCGACGACACCUACGGAUCUGACCGCCAAAAAUUGGGAAGGCGCGAAUCUUUCACCACCCAGCCCGUCUUUCUUGGAAAAUCCAAGAAUAUCGCAGAAAAGUAGACCACAUAGCAAGUCUUUGAGCCACACUCACAACCCUGCAGAUACCAUAUCAGGAAGACGAAGUUCUCGACUAUCUUGGUUGAAUAGAGCUUUAUCAAGCGAUACUGCUGAUUACACAGCUACCGAAGAUGAAGAAGAUGAGGUUCAAUCGCCGUUAAGUACAAACUCGGGUACAGGAGGUAAGCAUAAUUUAUUGACCCUUCCAGGAACUAGACCCUCUAGAAGCGCGAGUGGAAAUAGCAGUGUGUUAGGUGGAAUGCGUCCCCUUUCCGAAGUUAUGAACAGGUCUUUCGAGGAAUUAGCUUCCUCAUUGGGAAUACGAAGAAACAGCGGCAUGGACAACUCGCCGCUCAAUACCGAUGAAGAGAGUGACUCUCGAGCGCGUUCGAGGUCUACGAGAAGAAACUCUUGGUUCCCAGGACUAAGGAGUCGAUCUCGGUCAGCAAAAGGAUCGUAA